AUCAACAACUGGCUCGGCCGUCUCUUUGACCGCCGCAUGUGAAGGUGUCCAAUAUGGCAAUGUACCCCAAUCAAACGAACCCACUACACCAUCUGUCUGCCACCAAUUAGCUGCAAGGCGAUAUCUCAAGGUCAAUCCAACAUAUGUGCGAUGGAAUGCCGACACAAACUGUUCGUCCGACUUCGAUGCGCCGAAUCUCAAAGAGUUUGAAGUGCCGCCAGACCAGAUAGAUACCCUGGGUCCUUCAAGCCAAGUUGCAUCCUCUCCCCUUCAGCACUCGCUCCCGAAUCAGGAUUGUAUGUCUGUCACGAAGGGUGUAGGCCAAUCCAAACAUCUACCCUCAAGCUCCGUCAUCGGCACUUUAAUGAGCAAGAUAUCUCUUAGCCAAGCAUCAACUUCGCACGAUGCAGAUAAUUCUCGCAUAUCCGACAAUUGUUCUGGGGUGCAGACCUUUGAUGCUACGUCUCCGAUAAUACUGCCCAGCGUAUUGUCCGAGUACCGCAGGCUGCACAUCAACCAGAACCGACUACGUCGCUGUAUUCAAUGGAAACGAGCCACAGAAUUACAGCGUGCAAUGCUAUGUGAGAAGCUACUCCGACAAGUCGAACUCUUGAUAUGGAUGUACGUUCAAGAAGUGCUCAGUGCUCUGUCUGAAAAGAGAAUUUGUACGAAAUGGAUGCAUGUGGGAAUUCUACUGUACGCAUUUCGGCGACUAUGUCUGCACCGCCAAGCUACUGGAUUUCACUUAUUAAAUUGGGAGCAAACGUAAACGGCCUCCAUAAUGCCGGGCAAACCGGAGGUUUUCAGCCAUUGUGACGACUUCUGCUAUUUUGCUUGAGCUUCUGAGGGUUCAAGGAUUCAACUU